AUGCAUCACAGAGAGAUCAAGUUGCUACUACUUAACAUCUACUGUUUGGCCAGCAGAUUCUUUUUGACUCCUGCAACUACUGGAAUUGAUCCCAUGAGUCAAGAUGGGAACUUCAGGAAAUUUAGUAAAUUGGACAGUAUUAUUACUGGUUGUAAUGAUGGUCAGAUUGUUAUCUGGGAGAUUACCCCUUCAUGGCAGAUCUACCCUCGGCACAUGCUUUUUGGACACACUGCAUCAAUAUGUUGUCUGUCACUGGGCAGUGAACAACAGGGCUAUCCCUAUGUUGUCAGCAGUUCUGAAAAUGGGGAAAUGUGUCUUUGGGACAUCAGUGAUGGACGGUGCCUCGAGAGUAGCCGGUUGCCUAUUGUUCACACUCGAAUCCAGCCCUACCGAUUCAACAACUCAAAUGAUAUUCACCUUGUCUGCAACGGAUAUUAUCCAGAAAUCCAUAUCAUGGAUCCAUUUGGAUUUGAAAUAUUGUUCUCUUUACAUUCCAAAGUAACUCCAGAUUGGAUAAGUGCCUGCUGUAUUCUCAAACCAGUCAAAGGAGAAGAUGAUGUUGUUGUAGCAGUUUCCAAUUCUGGUGCAGUGAAAGUGUGGAGUUUAUCUGGUGAAGAAACAAAGAUUCCAUUCCAAAAUACGGAGAAAAAAACAAAAAGUACAAACAACACAAGUAGCGAACAAACGAGAUGUGAGGUGAACGAUGCUCAAACAAGUACGGGAGAAAAACUGAGGACCUGUGAAAUGGCAGGAGGCUACAGCAGGUACAAACCUAUCUAUGAAGACGAAUCUAAACAAAUCCGUUGCUUGAAUGCUCAGACACUCCGAUGCUGUCCAUAUAACCAGAGAACUGUUCUGAUUGUGUGUUCAAAAUAUUGGCAGGUAAGUGUUUUGAUUCUUCUAAAGCUCACCGUCUGUAGAUAUAGAUCUCCAUUCUCAACUCACUCUGUUUAUUACUCUAUCGUUGACCACUGUUGA